AUGUUAGCAAUAAGAAUAAGCGUAUAUGGGAUUUGUGAGCCGAAAUUCUGUCCUGAAUGUACGUUGGGUUUAGACCUUAAACAUACCGACUUACUGAUUUUAUCACAAUAUGUUCGCUCAGAUGGUUGCAUGUUACCUAAACGCAUCACUGGUCUUUGCUACCGUCAGCAAAAAAGGAUAGGCUCUCUUGUAACUAUGGCGCAGAAGGCGGGGCUAAUGCCGAACUUGGCGCCAGCUGGAAGUAAGAAAGAUCCGAAAAGCCGUUUCGGUUGGAAAAACUUCAAUAAAUAUUUCUAUGAAAGCACUAUCAAAUAUUAAUAUCGGUACGGAAUCGUUAAAAUAAAUCUUGCAAUAUGUCCGCAAUCUACUUAAAAGUUGAGAAAAUGU